AGGAAAUUAUCAAGGUCAGUAUGCACACACAUCAUAUGUCACAUACUGAAAAACUAAUGAUAUUGUAUUAAUAUUAUUGACAACUCCCUCUGUUCUACAAUUUUCUUCCUGCUUAAUGUAGAAGUACACACAAAUAAAAAAGAAUGCAAGGAGUCAUUAGUCAAGAGCCAUGACACAAGUUGCAUUUUUCUUAUUUUCAUUAUGCUGUUUGGUCUUAGCAGCCGCGCCACAAGUUGUAUAUUCUUUAAUUUUCUGUACGCCAUAGCGGGUUGGUGGUGGUAAAACAAGAUCCCUGAUGCUACUAUAGUUUUAUAUGAACUUUCCUGUCAACUUCUGAUUCAAUAGACCAGGAGAUAAAAUAAGGUACUAGAAAACAUAUGUUUUCAAUUUUAUAAUAAACAAGUUGAGUAAAAGAAACAAAUGCAUGCUCAUUCUCGGUUACUUCUACUAAAUUUAACAAGGGUAGGGUAUCCAAAGUUUUAUAUCAACUCGUGUUCAAACUAACGAUGAUUCAAACAAUUUUUAAAGUUAGUCAUAAACAGAUUUUUAUCAGUACAUUAACUUAAUUAGAACCAAUUGAUCACUACUUUAAAUGCUAGUAUUCCAACUCCUAUAGUCCCAUCCCUUUUGUAAGAAAAUUUGCAAUGGCGUGGCCUCUUUCUUGUACCCUCUCCCUAUUAACACUAAUAAUCCUUCAAUCAACACCCUCGCCUGUUGCAGCUCAAAAUAGUGGCAAUAUCUCAGUUGGCCAAUCUCUCACAGCCAAAAUCAAUGGCACUUCAUGGCUUUCACCUUCAAAACAUUUUGCCUUCGGUUUUCAUCGACUUCCUAACAGAGGCGAUCUCUUCCUGCUUGCCAUCUGGUACGCCAAUAUUCCAGACACCAUUGUUUGGCAUGCAAAUGAUGGUAAUCCGGUUCCCCGAGGUUCAUCAGUAAAGAUAACUGCAAAUGAAGGCUUAGUUCUCACUGACCCUCAAGGAACCAACUUAUGGAACACCUCUAGUGAGUUAAUAGGUGAUGGUGGUUGGGUGAGCUAUGGUUUCAUGAAUGAUACAGGGAAUUUUGCACUCAAAAGAAGCAGCAAUAGCAUUCCGGUUUGGCAGAGCUUUGAUCAUCCUACAGACACCUUGCUGCCUGGUCAGUCUUUGGAAGUUGAUGGGAGCAUUAAUUCUCGACUAUCAGAAACUAAUUAUACGACGGGAAGGUUCCAAUACCAUCUGACUGAGGAUGGAAUCAUGGCUCUCAAUACCAGGGACCUAAGUACCGGCUACCUCUAUAGUGCUUAUUAUAUUAGUGACCCAGGAAAUCCAGGUCAGACUCAAAGAUAUGUGUACAAUGAGUCCGGGUAUAUGUACAUAUUAAGGAAAGAUGGGUCGGUGCAUAAUAUGUUACCGGAUGGUUACACACCAUCACAAGAUCAAUAUCAGAGAUUAAUCUUGAGCUCUGAUGGGAUUUUAAUAUGGUAUUCUGCCUCAAAAGCUUCAAUUAGUGACGGAUGGUUCAGAUUUCAAGUACUACCUGAAAACAUGUGUAUAGGAUCAUCACCAGCAAAUUUGGGUGUUGGAAUUUGUGGGUCUAACAACCUUUGCAUCCUAGGUGAUAAUAAAAGGCCAAUGUGUGAACGCGCACAGGGCUACUCGCUCAUCGAUCCAAAUGUUCAAUAUGGUGGUUGUAAACCUGAUUUCAAGCUUCAGAAUUGCGAAGAUUAUGCAGACAGGUCUAUGAAUGGCGAGUAUAGCUUAGUACAACUUCAAAAUACUGAUUUUGUUAACAAUGAUUAUGAAAGGGUUGAUUCUAGAAGCGAGGCAGAUUGCAAGGAUUCUUGUUUGAAAGACUGUUUCUGUGCUGCUGCUUCUUUCAGUCUAUAUGGCAGUAAUUCUGGUGGUUGGAAGAAGGCACCACUUUUCAAUGGAAAAAAAGACAGUUCAGUCAACUACAAUUUUUUUUGGAUAAAGGUAAGGAGUGUUAACAUGUCCAAUGACCCACUCAACCCUUUUGUUACCGUGACGCCAAAUGGAAAAAUGACAACUCCGAUCAAAGUUCUGUUUGGUAGCUCUGUUUCUGUUAACUUACUUCUUUUAGUUGCAAUCGGUUUUGGAUUAUACUUCAUUUAUCAUAAGAAGAAACUGAAAAAGUCAAAUGAGGGCCAGAGGAAAACACUGAGAGAGUAUAGUCACGUCCAUUAUUUCAGCUACCAAGAGCUAAAUGAGGCAACUUAUGGAUUUAAGGAAGAGCUGGGAAGAGGGGCUUUUGGUGUAGUUUACAAGGGCAUGGUCAGCGGAGGGGGUCCAUCAAUUUAUGUUGCUGUUAAGAAGUUAGAUCGAAUAUCAUCCGACACUGAUAAAGAGUUCAAAACAGAAGUUAACGUUAUUGGUCAGACACAUCACAAGAAUCUGGUACAGCUUGUAGGAUUUUGCAAGGAAGGGGAUCAGCGGCUGUUAGUAUAUGAAUAUAUGAGCAAUGGUAGCUUAGCUGAUUAUCUAUUUGGUGAUAUGCGGCCAAGCUGGGUAGAUAGAGUUCAAAUUGCUCAGGGGACAGCCACGGGGCUAUUGUACUUGCAUGAAGAAUGCAGCACACAAAUAAUUCAUUGUGACAUAAAGCCCCAGAAUAUACUUUUAGAUGAAUAUCACAAUGCCCGUAUUUCUGAUUUUGGGUUGGCUAAGCUUUUAGUUCUAAACCAAACCCAUACAAACACGGCGAUUAGAGGGACCAAAGGCUACGUUGCUCCAGAAUGGUUCCGGAACAAGCCAGUCACAGUGAAGGUAGAUGUCUAUAGUUUUGGGGUUCUUUUAUUGGAGAUCAUAUGUUGUCGAAAGAGUGUAUGUAUGGAACUAGUUGAAGAGGAAGCAGCAGUUUUGACAGAUUGGGCGUUUGAUUGCUACCUAUCAAAUAAAUUAGAUGUACUUGUCAAUGAUGACAUGGAGGCACUUAAGGACAUGAUUCGGUUAAAGAGGUUUGUAAUGGUUGCCCUUUGGUGUAUCCAAGAAGACCCAAGUCUACGACCAACAAUGCGAACAGUCACGCAGAUGCUAGACGGCCUUGCUGAAGUGCCUAAUAACCCUCCUUGUCCAACCUCAUUUUCUGUUACUACCCAAAAUUAAACAUCCUCAUAUAUAGUAUGUAUUUAUUCUGGUUA